AUGACCAAGAUUAACAUCUUCACUGACUUCGAAAAGUGCAAGCAAUUUCUCGCCAUCAACGACGAAACACGCGUAUUUAUAAUCAUAUCCGGUGUGCUUGGCAUGCACGUAGUACCACUUAUUCAUGAUAUGCAUAAAAUCCAAGUCAUUUUUAUUUUCUGUGGGAACAAAACGCGUUACGAACAAUGGGCCAAAGACUGGCGUAAAAUCAAUGGUGUAUUCACAGAGAUGAAGUCACUCUGUCAAGCACUUAAACAAGCAGCACGAUACUCUGAACAAAACGUUAUGCCCAUGAGUUUCGUUCAGUCUGGCAAGAGAUUGGAUCAAUUGGAUCCUUCUUUUAUGUAUACACAGAUCAUCAAAGAAAUAUUAUUGAAUAUCAAGUUCACCGACGAACACGUCGACGAUUAUGCGAACUAUUGUCGUGGACUCUUUGCGGACAAUAAGGUAGAGUUGAGUAAUAUCAACAAAUUUCAACGUGAAUAUCGCGAAAACUCACCAAUAUGGUGGUAUACUUCUGGGCUUUUCCUACGUUCAAUGCUAAAUCGCGCUCUACAAGCAAUGGAUGGCGACAUUAUGACACGAAUGGGUUUUUUUAUCAGUGACCUCCAUCGAAACAUUGAAAAGGUGCAACAAGACCAUCCCAUUCACAAUGUCUUUACCGUUUAUCGUGGGCAAGGCUUGUCACAAGCAGACUUCGACCAACUCCGAACAACGAAAGGUGGCCUUAUUUCCUUCAAUAAUUUUAUGACGACAGAUAGAUCUCAUCAAAAUUCAAUCAGCUUUGCGGAGUCAGCAGCAAGUAAUCCAGACUUAGUUGGGGUGGUAUUUGUAAUGGAAAUCGAUCCUACUCAAUCCACAACACCCUUCGCUCCUAUUUAUCAAAUAAGUUAUUUUCCAGAAGAAGAUCAGGUGCUUUUUUCGAUGCACACUGUAUUUCGAAUACAGAACAUUAAAUCAAUAAGCGGAAACAAACAUCUGUACGAGGUAGAUUUGACACUUACCAGUGACAAUGACGAAGAGCUAAGUGUACUUGCACAGCGAAUCCGACAAGAGAGCUAUCCAGAGAAGGAAGAAUGGUACAGAUUGGGUUUAGUAUUAGCAAAGAUGGGUCAAAUUGACAAGGCUGAAGAGAUAUAUAGGGUACUAUUAAACAAAACGAUGGAGGAUAGUGAACAGUCCUUAAUUUAUAACAAACUCGGUAUGAUCAAGUAUAACCAGGGCCAAUACGAAAAAGCAAUCAAAUACUACGAAACAUCGCUUGCCAUCAAUGACCGAGAUCUUCCACCCAAUCAUCCUGAUCUGGCAUCAUCCUACAGCAACAUUGGCAUGGUGUAUUCUUCUAUGGGUGACUACCCCAAAGCAUUGGAAUAUUAUGAAAAAGCCCUGUCUAUUCGACAACAGUCGUUACCAUCAAAUCAUCCUACUCUGGCAUCAUCUUACAACAGAAUUGGCAUGGCGUAUUAUUCUAUGGGUGACUACCUCAAAGCAUGGGGUUGUUAUGAAAGGGCCUUGGCAACUCAACAAGAAUCGUUAUCGCCAAACCAUCCUGAUGUGGCAUCAUCCUACAACAACAUUGGCAUGGUGUAUUAUUCUAUAGGUGACUACCGCAAAGCAUUGGAGUAUUAUGAGAAGGCCUUGGCAAUUCGACAACAGUCGUUACCACCAAAUCAUCCUGAUCUGGCAUUAUCCUACAACAGCAUUGGCAUGGUGUAUUCUGAUAUGGGUGACUACCGCAAAGCAUUGGAGUAUUAUGAAAAGGCCUUGACAAUUCAACAGCAUUCUUUACCAGAAAAUCAUCCUGCUCUGGCAUUAUCCUACAACAGCAUUGGCAUGGUGUAUUCUGAUAUGGGUGACUACCGCAAAGCAUUGGAAUAUUAUGAAAGGGCCUCGACAAUUCAACAACAGUCGUUACCACCAAAUCAUCCUGAUGUGGCAUCAUCCUACAACAAUAUUGGCAUGGUGUAUUCUGAUAUGGGUGACUACUCCAAGGCAUUGGAAUAUUAUGAAAGGGCCUCGACAAUUCAACAACAGUCGUUACCGCCAAAUCAUCCUGAUGUGGCAUCAUCCUACAACAACAUUGGCAUGGUGUAUUCGUCUAUGGGUAACUGUUCGAAAGCACUGACAUGCUAUGAAAAUGCCCUCUCUAUUCGACAACAGUCGUUGCCAUCAAAUCAUCCUGAUCUGGCAUCAUCUUACAACAACAUUGGCAUGGUGUAUUCUGAUAUGGGUGAAUAUUCGAAAGCGCUGUCAUACUAUGAAAAAGCCCUCUCUAUUCAACAACAGUCGUUACCAUCAAAUCAUCCUGAUCUGGCAUCAUCUUACAACAAUAUGGGUUUGUUGUAUGAAAAAAUGAGUGACUACUCAAAAUCAUUGUCAUUUCUUGAACGCGCUCUGAAAAUUGGUGAACAAUCGCUACCUGCAGAUCACCCACAUGUGAAAGAAUGGCGGGAGAGCUUUGAACGAGUGAAAAAUAAUCUAUAA